AUGGGGGAUCCGCCUCAAUCAUCUACUAAUAGGACUCGCUCUUAUGCUGAUCAGUUGAAAGGAAAACAACAACUUCCAACAACUUCUAUUGAUCUCAAAACCUUGCCAACACCAACGUCAAAAGAAGGAAAGCCUGCUGUUGUUUUGCCUGAGGAGUUUUAUUUAGAAGGUUGUGAUAUUUGGAAAUUCAGUCUCAUAGGUCGUUUAGAUCUUAAAGGGAUCACCUUUCAAGAGGUGAAAAACGAUUUGUUAAAUCAAUGGAAGUUAAGCCAAGAUGCUGUUCAAUUAAUUCCUAUGAGUAGAGGUUUCUUUACCAUCAAGUUACGCACGCAAUCAGCCAAAGAUACGAUUUUGAAUGCUGAAGCUUGGUUUUUUAGAAACCAAAAGUUAAACCUAAUUGAGUGGUUUCCUGGUUUUGAUGCUGAGAAGCAACGCACAUCUCAUGCUUCGGUGUGGGUUACUUUUCCAGGGUUACCAUUGGAGUUUUGGACAGAAAAAACGUUAUUGUCUCUUGCAAAAUCGUUAGGAACUCCUAUUGUGGUUGAUAGAAGAACUCUUGAACAUGAAUAUGGACACUUUGCUUCAGUUUUUGUGGAUAUUGAUUUUUCUGAAGCGGCUACUGAUGCUAUACAUAUCACGGUGGGGGGUUUGGAUUUUUGGCAAGCUGUUGCGAUCCAAAAAAUUCCAAAAUAUUGUUCCAAGUGCAAGUUAAUUGGUCAUAAUGAUAAGGAGUGUAGAAAACAUUCCAAGGAAACUUCUGAGCGUCACCCUUUGGUUACCAAUCAAUCUCACGAAACUGGUGAAGCGCAACCUGUGAGGAAUAACAAGGUUGGUGGUGAAUGGCAAGUUGCUAGGCGUAAGAAAAAAGGAAAAAAGAAGGAUACAAACAGCUUGGAGGUUAUUCAUGAUGAUGAAGAGACUUUUGUUGGGGACGUGGUUGAUGAGGAGUUUGCUGCUAAGCUGGUGAAAGCUAAGCAGUUGGAGGCUGUUAUGUCACAAGCCAAAGCUGAUUUUGAAUCUGUCUAUGUUGAAUUGGCGAGAACUAAACAAGCAUAG